ACGGGUGCUCUGGAGGGACAGCAUUUCAAGAAAAGCGGACAAUUGAUAUCCUUAUCCGAGCAGAAUCUAGUCGAUUGUGAUCGCUUAUAUAACAAGGGAUGUAAUGGUGGACUACCUAUCUAUGCUUAUUUGUACAUUCAACUUAAUGGUGGUAUCGAUCAGGAAUUAGCCUAUCCUUAUGAGGAACUGGAUAGUAUUUGUCGGUUCAACCGGGGGGCUGUGGGCGCACAGGUAUCCGGUGCCGGUAUCGUACCGGAGGGCAAUGAGGAGCUACUUAAGGCGGCGGUGGCAACGGUGGGGCCGAUAUCG